AGCAUGUUGAAGAUAUCUGAAUCUGACUACUACAACAUUGUUGCACAAAACAGGAAAACGAAACAACUACAAAUAUGAACACUGAGCUCAUUAAAUUUCCAUUUCAAAAUUUCACGAGCGUUGAGUAGUUAAGAGAGCAGUGUGUAACUAUGGGUAAGCUGUAUCAGAGGAUGAAGCCUUUCAUUGGUGUCAUUCUCUUGCAAUUUGGGUUUGCAGGGAUGGAUAUCCUUUCCAAGGUAGCAUUGAAUGAGGGGAUGAGCAAUUAUGUAUUUGUUGUGUACCGCCAUGCCGUUGCCACUAUUGUCAUCGUCCCCUUUGCGAUCAUUUUGGACAAGAAAACAAGACCGAAGAUGACUUUCUCAAUCUUUGCCAAAAUUAUGCUGCUGAGCUUACUCGAGCCAGUCAUUGACCAGAACCUAUAUUUUUUGGGGAUGAAAUACACAACAGCAACAUUUGCAACUGCAAUGUCCAACAUUCUUCCCGCCAUAACUUUUGUUAUGGCAUGGGUUCUAAGGAUGGAGAAGUUAAAGAUUAAUAGCAUUCGCAGCCAAGCUAAGAUAAUGGGGACGGUAGCCACUGUUGCAGGAGCCAUGCUCAUGACACUGGUAAAAGGCCCAGUUAUUGAGCUGUUUAGGGCAAAAGGAAGCAGCACUCCUGAACUUCAAGGGGCCGGGUUAACUCUUAAACAUUCAAUUAAGGGGUCGCUAAUGAUCACAGUUGGAUGCUUCAGCUGGGCAGCUUUCAUGAACCUUCAAGCAAUCACGCUAAGAACAUAUCCCACUGAGCUCUCCCUCACCGCUUGGAUAUGCAUAUUGGGAACAGCCCAGGGAGCAGUAGUGGCGCUUAUAAUGGAAAGGGGAAAAGCCAGUGUUUGGUCUAUAAACUGGGACGCUAAAUUCCUGGCAGCUGUUUACAGUGGCAUAGUCUGCUCGGGCUUUGCUUACUACAUUCAAGGAGUAAUAAUGAAAGACAAAGGACCCGUUUUCGUAACGGCUUUCAGCCCACUCAGCAUGGUGAUUGUUGCUGUGAUGAGUUCCUUUAUAUUGGCUGAGCAAAUGACCCUGGGAAGGGUGAUGGGCGCGAUGGUCAUAGUGGCAGGACUAUAUCUUGUCAUAUGGGGUAAAAGCAAGGAUUACAAGUCCGAAUCUCUAAUAACUGACGAGCAAACAACACAAGCUAAGCAACUGACAGAGAGCGGCAACAAUGGAGACUUAAUUCCAUGUCAUGGCGUCAUCACCAUAAAUGCAUCAAACGAAGGAACCAUGACUGUAGAGGAACAAAAGCGUGACAAAGGAAACCAGAUUAAGCCUAGCAAUUGAAUUUUCUGAUGGGGUUAACUUCAGUUAUUUCAAGGAAAUAAACAGUACCAAACUCAUUUUCCGAAGCAUCAUCCUUUUGGAAAGACUAUUUAUCUAUCCAAGCUUCUCAUUUAUAUGGGAGAUAGUGCCGGAAAAGAGAAACUUAUAUAGAUUAUUUUUGUAUUGCAAUUUCUUAGCUCUAAGGAAUGAAGUUAAUAGUGGUGAAUUAUUUGUUAAAUAUCUACUCUACUUGUGAGCCAUUUUACCGUAAUAGGUAAGGUGAGCCUAUUUAAUAGUUGAAGUUAAGAAA